AUGAAAGCCCAAAAGCCCACUCGAAAUUCUUUAGAACUAAAAAUAGGAACUGCAGGAAGUGUUACUGCAUGCAAUGCAGUUGAAUUUAAUCAAGCGGCGGAAAGCUGUUUUACUCCGAUUGGUUUAUCUUUAUCCCGACGUGCUUCUAUAAUUCCCGUUCCUCCAUCAAUCGAAUUCAUCGCUCGCCGCGCAACUGCUAGGGUUUUCGUCCGGCUUCCUCCUUUUUCAGCUCUGCACAUUUCGUUUGUAUCAAUGGCUGACUGGCAGCAGUUUCUCCAAUCGGUAUUCUUCGGCGUUGUUUUCUCGUACCUGCUCGCGAAGCUCUUCUCCGUGAUCUUCGCUUUCCGUGAUGAGAAUCUCAGGAUCACGCGGGCGCAUUCGCCGGAGCCGGAAGCCGAGCAGGUCUCUGCGGAUCCUUUGUUUGGCGUUUUGGAAGAAAAGGAGCCGUUGAUUGGUGGAGACGGGAAACCGGGAGGUGAAAGAGAGGUAAUUGACGGUGACUGUAGCGACAGUGAUGAUGAUUGGGAGGGCGUGGAGAGCACUGAGCUGGAUGAGCUGUUCAGUGCCGCCACUGCAUUUGUUGCUGCCACAGCUGCUGAUCGGGCGGCAGCGAAGGUGUCGAACGAUAUCCAGCUGCAGCUUUAUGGUCUGUACAAGAUUGCCACUGAGGGACCGUGUUCUGCUCCCCAGCCUUCAGCUCUGAAAAUGACUGCUCGUGCUAAAUGUAUGCUAAACCAUUUUAGUGAAGCUCAUGAAACAAUAUUCACCUCAAAAGUUUCAGAUUACAGUGAUGUUCGUAGCAGGCAAGCAUGGCAGAAACUGGGUACUAUGCCUCCUGAAGAAGCAAUGGAGAAUUAUAUUGACAUUAUUACCGAGUUAUAUCCCACUUGGGCUGAUGGUGCUGCCUCUCAGAAGAAAAAAGAUGAAGGGAUAACUGAUGCACAGAAUGCAGGUUCCCAAGGGCCGAUGGGACCUGUCUUCAGUAGCUUUAUAUAUGAGGAGGAAUCUGGAUCUGAUUUGAAAAUGGAUGCUAUACAUGCCUUUGCACGAGAAGGAGAUGAAGAAAAGCUGCUCAAGUGCAUAGAGAGUGGUGUCCCGUUAAAUAUAAAGGACAGUGAGGGCCGCACCCCUUUGCACUGGGCUGUAGAUCGAGGCCAUUUGAAUGUCACAGCAUUGCUUCUGGACAAAAAUGCUGAUGUCAAUGCUAAGGAUGAUGAAGGUCAAACCGCAUUGCAUUAUGCUGCUGUAUGCGAGAGAUCUUCAAUAGCAGAAUUACUUUUGAAACACGGUGCUGAUAUAGAUAUCAAGGACAAUGAGGGAGACACCCCUCGUGAUCUUUGUGAGUCGAGCUGGCCGGGGCUGGAGCUUCUGGCUAAAACGACUAACUGAACUGUUAGUUUCGUGUUUUCCAUACUUUUGAUGAUCCCACUCUUUGUACACAUGGUGCAUACUUAUCACCUGGAGAACAUCGGUCACUGUAUACUUUGAGGUUUUUUUGUUACUUUGCAAUCCAGGGGUUUAGUCAUAUUUGGUCAAAUCGAUAAAUAUUAGUCGUUUCCUGGACCCCCAAACUUCAGAGAUUAUUUGAAGGGGCCAAGCUGAAAAGAAAUUUAUUAUAUUUUUUUGGCAAUCUGCUCAAUCAAUUGCAUAUUAUAUUGUUGAGUUCAGUACAGCUAGCUUCAAUCUUUUAGUGUAUUUGCUAUAUAUUUCCGUAAUUAUGGUAACAUUCGAAACAGAAAGCUUCUGUUAAAAUUAUUUUUCU